UGUAAACAGAGUUUGAUAGAGAUUUUGAACAAAUUAUAGGUUUUUGUGUUUUGAUUGCAUUUUAAUGUCAUUUCAGUCUAAGUUUGCAGAAUUUGUGAGAAGGGAUCAAACCAUGACUUCCAGACAUUCAGACACUCAUACAGACCAUACGGACACCGAUUCAGACCUCACACACCAUCGCAACAACUAUUUGAACAGAUAUUCAAAACUUAAGAAGAGAUGCGAUGCCAUCAAAUCAGACAACGAAAGACUCAUUCAAAACAUCCAUCAAAUGAAGACAUUAUCUCAUAAAUACAGACAACAAAAGAAGAUUAUAAUUAAACGAUUGGCUAAACAUAGAGAUAAUUAUAUGAGUUAUGAUUUACCACUCUUUCUGGAGGUCCACCACUUCAUUGCAAAAGAUGAAUCAAUAGCACAACCAUCGAGUGAUGUGAAGACUAAGCAUUUGAUGAGCAAAUCCAAUACAAACACCACAAACAUGACAUCAAAAGCCAAAAAGUCAAAACCAAAUGCGAGUCGAAAUGAGAUCACUUCCAACGGAACCGUUUAUGUCGUCCCCAAAAAGCCUAUCAAUCCAUACCUCCUGUUCUGUCAGGAGAAUAGGAGUUCAUUACAAGAGAGAUAUCACAUUAAACACAAUACAGAGAUGACACACCAGGAACUGACCAAAGCUCUGGCCCAGCAAUGGCACGAAUUGUCGGUCACUGCCAAACAGGUUUACUACAAUCUGUUUAAUAACGAUAAGAUUCGCUAUGAGAACGAAAUGAAGAUAUUUGCCGCUAAUUCUAACAAAGAGUCCGCAAAUAAAACCAUCGACUAAUUGGACACUUAGUUAGCUUUGAAGUUAUUCUUCAAUCGUCUCAACUCUGCCAUCGUUGCGAUCGCAUCGUCCUCUUUGUUGACCUCUUUUUGGACACUUUGGACGUCAACUCUCAUGAAAGGGUUGGUCUUCUUCUCGGACCCUAUUGUCGAUGGAAUCGUCGCUUCAUUCCUUGAGCGCAAGUCCUGUGUAUUAUUGCCAAUAAUUGAUUGAAUAGUUUGUUACAAAUUUUGAUAAAUAAAUGAAUUAAAACCUGA